AUGUCUGCCCAGUCGCGUACAGAGUUGCUCGCUCAACUUCGGAACCAGGUCAAGGAUGGCAAGCCCAUCAUCGGAGCUGGGGCGGGUACCGGGCUAUCGGCCAAGUUCAUCGAAGCCGGCGGUGCGGAUCUAAUCAUCAUCUAUAACUCUGGACGCUUCCGAAUGGCAGGUCGAGGCAGUCUUGCAGGUCUCAUGCCCUACGGCGAUGCCAAUGCUGUGGUCGUCGAUAUGGCGUCAGAAGUUCUGCCCGUGGUGCAGAAGACACCGGUUCUAGCGGGCGUUUGCGGCACGGACCCGUUCCGACUCAUGCCGAAAUUCCUCAAGCAGCUCAAGGAGAUGGGCUUUUCUGGCGUGCAGAACUUCCCUACGGUCGGUCUCAUCGAUGGGACGUUCCGGGCUAAUCUUGAAGAAACUGGCAUGGGCUACGACAAAGAGGUCGAGAUGAUUGCCGAGGCCCACAAAUUGGACAUACUCACCACACCUUACGUUUUCAACGUUGACGAGGCUGAGCGAAUGACCAAGGCCGGUGCGGACUUCCUUGUGUGCCACAUGGGCCUGACUACAUCGGGUAGCAUUGGUGCGAAGACGGGCAAGACGCUCGACGAAUGCGUCGACCUGAUUCAAGAGAUGACGGACGCCGCACUGAAGAUCAAUUCCGAGGUCCUCAUCCUCUGCCACGGCGGGCCAAUAGCAGAGCCAAAAGAUGCCGAGUACGUAGUGAGCCACACCAACGGUGUCCACGGCUUCUUUGGGGCGAGCAGCAUGGAGCGUCUGCCGGUCGAACUCGCGAUCACAAACAUCACCAAAGACUUCAAGGGGAUCAAGUUCAACGCCUGA